AUUGUUUAGAAAAGUGCCUAGAGACAGAGACACAUUGGAAUAGAUUUAAUCAGUAUAAAAGUUCAACAAAAUUUGCUACUAUGCCUACUGCUGGACAUGAUCUUUUUCUAGCCGUAGUUGAAGUUAUUGAUAGAUUUCUCACGAAAUCAAUUAAUAAUAUAAUCAAUAAUAGUAUACAAGUCAAGAGUACAACAAAGAGGCCUUUACAAUCAAAAGAAAUAAAUAUCAAUACUGUGAAUACAAGUCAAACUAUAUCAAAAAAGCCAGAUGAUAGUUAUUCUGAUAAAGAAAACAAUGCACAACUUCCUGAGAAUGUUCAAAACCCAACUCGUGUUAUUGGAAAAAGAAGGCCUACUAAACGUCAUUAUAAAAGUAGUAUAGAAAAGCAACAAAACCGGCAAAGAACUUUGAAAGGUAUAUAUAGGUGUAGACAAUGUGGUAAAGUGGGUCAUAAUACUGCCUAUCACAAACAAAAAGGAAGAAGUGAUAAUUAG